UGCUGGAUAUACAGGAAAUGCACAAAUCCAACCCAGGGAAGGAUCUCUGUGGAAGGAAAGAAAGGCUUUCCUCUGGGGAAGGGUGGCUUUGGCAGAAAGGUGCAGGAGGGCGGUUGCCUCGCUCUCAAUCCUUCUUCUCUUGUGAUUUCUCACCAAGGCUUAAGCAGCCCUUUCCCAGCAUAUACUGCUCCUUUCUCAGCUCACCAGCAGCCUUUCCCAUUGCCUCUGAGCUGAGCUCUCUGUGGCUGCCUUCCCAGAAAAGGAGCCACUUUGCACAAGGCAAAUCAGUGAAGAGAAAGAGGAGGAGGAAGAAGAGGAAGAGGAGGGCCACUACCCUUGACCUGCCAGUUCCAGGAAGAAAGGUAGGGAGGUCUUCCCAGACAUAUCACCCUGCACAAGAAGCUGCUUCAACACUGCUCGCUUCUCCCAUCUCACCUGCUUCUGGGACAUGAGGAGACUCAAAGUGACUUCUCCUUUGCAGAAGCACCUUCCAGGUGAAGAUGGUGAAAGGCACUCUCCUGGCUGCAGUAUUGCUGCUGUGGAUGAUGAUGAUUGGAGCAGAGAGCAGACCUCAUAGGAGCAACGCCCCGACUGUGGCUCUUCCGCCUUCCCCAAAGAAAAGGCAGGAGGGACCUUCCUGGACAGCGACACUGCAGAGCUCUCCGAGGGGAAAGCCGGGCAGCUUGAGGCCUUCUGUGGAGGAGGGCAGCACCCAUCCACAGCUCUCCCGACCCUCGCCAGGGCCUCGGUGCAUUUCAUUGGCGCUGGAGACAUCUUUCCAGAUCUCUGCCUCUGCGCUGGUGUUUGUGGCCUUCUGCGGAUGGGGAGUGGUGCUCCCUUUCUGGCAGCCGGAAAAGCUUCAAAUCAGAGGGAAGUUGUGGAAGUGGCUCAGCAUCUACGCAAAUGGAUUGGCCUGCUUGGCUUCUGCUCUGGCCCUGGUGGCCCUCAUCCUCUGGAGCUGUGACCAAGGAUUCCCUGCCAUCUUCAUCUUCCCCACCAUCCUCCUCCUCCACGUGAUCCUGGUCACAGGGCUGGUGGUGGUGACUAUCACCUUCCAGCUGGACAUUCUUAAUCAGGUCACCGACCGGACAGCGCAACGAAUGCUGGACCUCACCACUCCUGGAGGAGUGAUCCUUGUGGCUGGGAUCUCUGGUCUGCUGAUCAAGCGCAUUCACUACUUGCAAGUGGAAGCACGUGUCGAACCUGUUGAUGUAACAGCGAUUGUUGUCGGGGCAGCUGGGAUCUGCCUCUUUCCAGCCAUAGUCAUCGUCGUGGCCCACUGCAUGGACAUGCAUAAGCGGAUGAAAGAGGAACGGAGUUCCCGAAAGGAAAAAUGGCGGGAGGCCAAGCAGCAGGAAAAGACCCUCCCUCUGUAAGGGCCCUCGACCUGGGGAGCCUGCAUGCCUGGCCCAAUCAACACAUUGCUCCAGACCCUCUUGUCUCUCACUUGGAAGACUGCUAGGACCUCCUCCUCAAAAUCUUUUGACUGAUGGGUCCCCUUCGCCUGUGUCUUUUGAAGCCCCAAUAAAAGCCUUGAUGGAUGGA